AUGCAUGACUCUGAAAAAUUGUUAAAUGACAAUCAAGUUUUGGUUUCAACUUCAGUUCUAACAAAGCUUUUUAGAGAAAGUGAACAAUUUAGACGCAUUUCGACUCUUUUACUUUGGAAUGAAGAAUGUUCUCUUUUUUCUCCGACCGAUUUUAGCAGAAUCUCAAAUGAAGACGCUCUAAAACUUACAGAUACAGAAAAUAUUUAUGCUUCUACGAAAUUGCGGAAUCCCGUUCAUAUUGAUUCAAGAUUUGUUGAUCGACUUGUUGCAGAAGAUGAAGAAUCAAUAAAAACAUUAAACACUUUGCUAUUUUCGCUUAUUCGUUCAGGACGCUUAGAAGAAGCCAAAUCGUUACUGGAUAAUGUCGGCCUGCCUGCUUUGUCUAUUUUUAUUUUAAUUUGUGAAUUUCUUACAAAUCAAAAACUUACACCUUUGGAUCGUUUUGAAGAUAAUUUUAUUUUGGCACAGUCUCGACUUUAUUUUAAACAAAUGGCUCGUGAAUUAAUUCCUUUGGAAGGUAAAGGCCGUGUUCAAGCAUCUGAUCAAUGUAUUUGGGCAACAAUUGCCGGACAUUUACCGACGCUUUUUAAUUACGCUAAUUCUUCAGAGGAUCGUCUUUGGGCUCUUCUAAGCUGUGCAGUUGAGGCAAUUUUAGAUAAUUCACUUGCCAAUUUACAUUCAACAAAUGAUGGAAGAAUAGGUUUAAUAUUCAAUGAUUUGUCAGUUGAGAAUGAAGAUGUUCCAAAAGAUAUUCAUUCAAUAUUUAAACAAAUUCAAAUAAAUGAUAAAAACCCUUAUUAUGCUCUUUUUGAAUUUUUAUCUCUUGAAGAUUGGCCAUCAGUAGCCAAAUAUAUUGGUACUUAUUUAAAUGAUAAUCAGUCACAAAAAACAGCAAAUGAGCUUCGUUACUUUAUUCAUCUUCUGCUUUUAUUAAAAUUUUCUGAUCGUUUGCCCUCAAAUUUGGAAUGUGUUUUGGUUAAUUUAAUAGAGAAUUACUCAUCAAUAUUAGUUCAAAUGAAGCUAAAUCCUCUUGUUCCUUUUUAUUUAUUUCAUUUGCCUCAAAAAGAACAAUCAUUUGAAAAAAUGUUAAAUUUUCUUGAAGGCAUCACAUUUGAGCCAGAACAGAAUGAAAUUUUGGAUAAUGCUCAAAAUGUCGGUUUUGACGUUCCUCAACUUUGCACAGAACUUUUUCAACGAUUUAAACAAAAAUAUAAAUUAAACGUUGACAAAGAUGGCGAACAAAGAAAUUUGGUCAAAUCUGCAAAUGAGAUGUUACGAGCUUGGAAAUGGUUGACAUUUUGUGGUACUGAAACCAUUUGGGAUGCUAUUAUUGAGGCAAAUUAUUUACUACGCAAAUUUUUUUUGUACAACAGAAUGGAUGAAGCUAUGGAACUAAUAAGAAUGGUCCCGGAGACUUUAAGUGAUGAUGCCAUUGAUUGUUUUCAAAAAAAAUUCCAAGACAUGGAAGUACCUGUUCGCCUUCUUGAUGCUAAAUAUGAAUUUGAAUGUUAUCAAUUUUAUUUUGAAGCAAUUAAUAGAUAUGAUGAAUGGCAAAAACAAAUGGAAGGAGAUCAGGCACCAGAAAUUCCUCAAAAACUAAGUGAUGAACGUUGGGCACGAUUGGACAUUCGUCGGAGAACAGAAUAUGAAUUGAGUGUUAGGCGAGCACAUGAUUGUUUGCAGAAGUAUUAUCGCCUUGUUGAACUCUAUAAAAAGAGGGUAGUGGAAAUGUUGGAGCAUAUUUUAAAAGCGCCCAAUGGUUGGCUUGUUGCAUCACCAUUAGAAAAUAGUGAUGAUGCUGAUCCAGAGAAACAAAUUUUUACUUUUUUAAUUUAUAAAUUUUCGGUGGUUGAACGAUCUCAUGAUUUCAUGGAAAUUCGAAAGAACUUUAUAGCAAAUCUUUUGGAAUUGCUUGUUGAUAUUCAUACACGAUCAGAUGAACCAAUGAAGGUGCUUGAAGUUGGAAAAUUGCUGUUUGAUCCAACAUUUUGUUUAUACAAAGUUCUGACGAAGGAUAAAUUGCAGAAAUUAUUUGUUCUUAUUUCCAAAUCUGGAGCAGCGCUUCUUUAA